AACAUUUUAUUUAUUCAUAAAAUUCAUCAAAAUUUUUAACGGCACAUCUGAACGUACAAACGGCGAUGGCUCGCCACACGCACACUUUUACACACGUUUUUGACAACAGCUGUCAGAUCGUUCGCCAUUCCCACGGGGAACAAAAAAGUAGCGCCCGACUGUUGCUUAGCGUAUCGUUUUGUUAUUUAAGUUUUAUUGCAAGAAAGUGCCUUAUUUUGCGUCGCAAGAGCGCGUGAUAUCCGACGUUAUCGACUGCCUUAUCAAUACAACAGUGGAAUUGGCGAAAACGCUGGCGUUUUGCUAGAUAAACAUCCGCUCUUCCAUCCAGGUGCCAAGAGAGUGAGCAACAACAUGUCGCUCGGCACCAUGCACUGCACCCGGUGCGACGAGGGAUUCGAGCCCCAUGAACGGAUCGUCAACUCGAACGGCCAACUCUGGCAUACGCAAUGCUUUGUCUGCGCCCAGUGCUUCCGCCAGUUCCAAGAUGGCAUCUUUUACGAGUUCGAGGGGCGCAAGUACUGCGAGAAGGACUUCCACAUCCUGUUUGCGCCGUGCUGCAACAAGUGCAAUAACUUCGUCAUCGGGCGUGUCAUUAAAGCGAUGGCGGCCAACUGGCAUCCGCAGUGUUUCACGUGCGAACGGUGCGCCAUCCCGUUGGCCGAUUCGGGCUUCAUCCGAAACCAGAACCGAGCGCUUUGUCACGAUUGCAACCGCAAGGAGAAAGAGGUCGGACUUGGGAAGCACAUUUGCAACAAGUGCCAUGGCAUCAUUGAUGAUGCACCGCUUCGCUUCCGAGGAGAGGUUUAUCACGGGUAUCAUUUCAACUGUACCUCGUGCGGGUCCGAGCUGGACUCGUCGGCGCGGGAGGUGAAGAAUCGUACGGGCUACGCAGCCAACGACAUGAAUGAGCUGUAUUGUCUGCGAUGUCACGAUCGGAUGGGCAUUCCGAUUUGCGGUGCUUGCCGGCGUCCAAUCGAGGAGCGGGUUGUUACCGCCCUGGGAAAGCACUGGCACGUGGAGCACUUUGUCUGUGCCAAGUGCGAGAAACCGUUCCUGGGCCAUCGGCACUACGAGAAGCGCGGAAUGGCCUACUGCGAGACGCACUAUCAUCAACUCUUCGGCAAUUUGUGCUUCGUUUGCAACCAGGUCAUCGCCGGGGAUGUUUUCACCGCCCUCAACAAGGCCUGGUGCGUGCAUCACUUUUCGUGCUCGAUCUGCGACCAGAAGCUCGACCAGAAGUCCAAAUUUUUCGAGUACGACGAGAAACCGGUCUGCAAGAAAUGCUACGAACGGUUCCCGAACGAGCUGCGACGCCGUCUGCGCAUUUCGCACGAGAACACCCUCAAGAAGCCGGUCCCGUAAGGUGUCCCCGUACGGUUCCGUGCAAAACUAAAAUCUGUGCCAAGCAAAACAGAGCAUACUACAAGUGGACAAUGCAAAGCAAUGGAAUCGAAUCACGCACGAACUAAUCGUAAUCUAAACUAAACAUGUCACUAUAGGACGUCAGGAAAGUGGAGAAUUGUUUCUUUCCAUCCGGACGUGUCGUGUUCUCAUACUAAUAAUAAUUUUACUAAUAACUAGACAUUAACAAACAAACAGUGCCUGUCUUAAAACGAAAUUCCCAGUCAGUGAGUUCGAUUGAAACGGACAGAAAAGUGUGCCUACAUUUACUGCCUUUGAAGCCCAGAGAUUGAAUUACUUAAACCUCAAACACCCCAAUCACUCGUUUGGUGCUCGAUUAUAUUAUACUUCGUGCAGCUUAUUUAUCAAAUGUAAUGGAAAAAAAUUCUAGCACAAAACUUAACCACCGUCGUGUGUUUGUGUGUUCGUGUGUUAGUAUUUUUGAUUAUUGAAUAAUUUUUAACAAACCAAGAAACAGCUAGCAUUAGUACUAUUAUUGGCGUAUAGAAUGGAAGCGUUUUAUACUCUUUCUUUUUGAAUGUGACGUCUUUAUUAAAAUCAUUUGCGUUCAGUAAAUGACAAAAAUUUUACUAAGCACGGAAACAAUGUUUAGAGCGAUGGAGUAAUAAAUUGAUGUGUUUUUAAUAAC